UUUCUUAUUUUCGACGCAUUUCUGGUGUCGUAUUUUCGUUGAUUCCCCUAUUAGAGAUGGGAGUCCUCUACUCUAGUCUCCAUGGACUCUAUGCUAACAGUCUGAGCAGGCUAAACAUGGAAAUGUCGUGUGUCCAACAAAUAGUUUCUGAUUAAUUAUUGGGACUGUUUAUUACGUUUGUUCAAAUGAUGGCUGUUGUUGACAAUGAUCAAAAAUCAAUUUUCUCGCAGAUAGAAUUUGCAUUUCCCAUUCUUAAUCAGCAGCUACAAACUAAAUGCACUGAUGACCAAUUUGCUAAAAUAGUCAAUGACAUAAAAGUCUUGAAUAUUGCGCCACGUGUGGACCGUCUCGUAUUUCAAAGUAUCGAACAGUUUAUACGAUCAAACGUUGCUCCAGUAUUUUGGAAAGAGUUUACUAAUGUCACUGAAGAGGAGUAUGGAUUUGAGCGCUUCAAAAAUGCGGUUGAUGGGCUUUAUUCAAAUCUUUCGGAGUUUCUACCAUUGCUCAAGAGAUUGCAAGUAUUGCAAGCACAGUGUGAGAUUGCCAAGUAUUUAGGACAUAGUCUAUCUAAUGUUCUUGGAAGGUUUAAUCUAACAGUCAGAUCAACUCUACUGAGCCAACUUCCAUUUGGGCAUGAAACAAUCAUCAAACAAUUUUACAAGAUUGCUUUCAAUGUAUUUUGCAAUACUGAUUCUUCAAUACAUGGUAAUUUGUUAGGUGAUGGUCCGCAGAGCCAAUGUGGAGGCUGUAAAUAUGAGUUAGAAAAUUGCCAAUGUCAAUUGAUAGUAUUCAUGUUCCAUGAAACAAAUAGAAAACUUAUUGAAUUGGAAUUGCUUGAGAGACUCGUAGGAAAUGUGUUAACUUUAUUGAUACAUAUACGAAUCGAAAGUCAUGUCAGGAAAUCUUGCGAAGGAACAUUUGAUGUCUCACAAUUGGAACUACUAGAAAAUUGGCUUGAAACAGUUGUCAUGAAUUGGCUUACAAGAAUUUAUUCUGGUGGAUCAUCAAAAUCAGUUGCUCUAAGUCAGCCGAUUCGCGAAGCGAUAAGCAAAUUCAAGCAGAAGCUACUACAUUUCUUAUAUGAGACUUACACAAAAAUCCGAAUUGAGCAAUUAUUUAAUAUAAUAAUAGAAUAUCCUGAUUCUCAGCCAGCAAUAGAUGAUCUUCGAAUUUGCCUGGAGAGGACUGAUUUACGAAAAGUUCUUGUAGAAACAUUGCAGGAGGCAUUAAAAACAAGACUGUUACAUCCUGGUGUUAAUACACCAGACAUAUUGACGGCCUAUAUUGCAGCUAUAAAAGCUUUAAGACAAUUGGAUCCAUCGGGUGUCCUUUUAGAAACUGUCACUGAGCCAGUCAAGGUAUAUCUGAGAAGUAGAGAAGAUACUGUAAGAUGUGUCAUCAGUGGAUUGCUGGACGAUUCACCAAGUGACUUAGCAGACGAACUGAUCAAAGGCGAAUAUUUACAGCUGGAUGAAGGAUCUGUGGAAGAGGAAGAUGAAAAUUGGGAAAAAUGGCUACCAGAUCCUGUAGAUGCUGACCCUUGUAAAUCAACUCAGCGUCGAAUGUCUGACAUUAUUUCAAUGCUGGUAAAUGUAUAUGGGAGCCAGGAUUUAUUUGUAAACGAAUAUAGGACUCUAUUAGCGGAUAGACUACUCUCCCAAUUGAAUUAUCACACAGAGCGUGAAAUUAGACAUUUGGAACUAUUAAAAAGACGUUUUGGAGAAAAUCAAUUGCAUUAUUGUGAAGUCAUGCUGAAAGACGUAUAUGAUUCUAAGAGAAUCGACGGGAAUAUCCAAUCGGACACAAGUUAUACGCUCGAGGAACAAUACUUCUUAACGAGUGCACUUAUUCUCUCAGCCCAAUUUUGGCCACCAUUCAAAGAAGAAUGGAAACUUCAGCUACCGAAAAAUGUACAGGAACAACUGGCGAAGUAUGUAAAAGCUUUCGAGGCUUUAAAAGGAAACAGAACCCUCUGCUGGAAGCCGCACUUGGGUAAUGUUCAUCUUGAGAUUGAACUGAAAGAACGAAAAUUUGACAUAAACGUCACUCCUAUUCAUGCAACUAUUAUUUUACAUUUUCAAGAUAAAAACGAGUGGGCAGUAGAGGAACUAGCUGAAGUGAUGCACGCACCAGCCACUGUAAUACGACGCAAAAUUACAUUUUGGGUGUCUCAAGGGUUACUCAAGGAAACAACGACUGAUGUUUUCGUCCUGCAAGAAGAAAAUGCCGUUAAAAACCGUUCAGUAACAGAAUCAAUAGUUGAAGAAGAGGAAGUUGAGAGCGCCAUGGCUUCAGCUAGUGAUCAGCGCGAAGAAGAACUUCAAGUCUUUUGGUCUUACAUAGUCGGGAUGUUAACUAAUCUAGACUCAAUGCCACUAGAUAGGAUACACCAAAUGCUUAAAAUGUUUGCUUCCCAAGGACCCGGUGCUGUGGAGUGCGGGCUACCGGAAUUGCGUCACUUUUUAGACAGAAAAGUCAGGGAACACCAGUUACUCCUAUCCGGUGGACUUUACAGACUUCCAAAGUCUUGAAUAACUGAAGAAGACUGAGAAAUUCUUAUCAUGGUCAACUAUUUAAACUGAUAAUCAUUUUCUUUCGAAUAAUUACGUCCUCAAUGAUUAUGUCAAGGUCUUUCAAAAUCAUUUUCUUUUGCGAUAUUCUGAUAACGUCACUCCCCCUCUUACGUUGUACUAGUAUCGGUUUUAUCAUAUUAACGAGGGCCGAACUUUUUAUUUUAUCAGAUACAAGAGAGCCAGAGUUAGUCAGAGAAUGCGUAUAUCUGUCGCUAUUAUUAAGUGUGCUAUCGACGAUAUCAAUAGAUUACAAAUUUAAUAACGUGCGUAAGGUAUCCACCAAGGCUGUAACCUAUGCGUAAGAAUAUAAAGCGUAUCCUUGACAUUUUUUCGUCCUGGUGUAAUUUAAAUGGCUCUUUCAAUAUUUAUUAGGCCGUUGAGUGUCAUCCUUGGUAUAUCAGGUUUGGUAAGCAAUUACAUAUCAGUGAUAGAAAGACAAGGGUAAUAUUGAUGAGAAUGUGAAUAAGAAUGAGAGGAAGUGUCUGUUCGAAUUGUUUUUCUAGAUACAAGGACUGAUAUUGGGUGCUGUGGCAACAUUGGCUUUGUUAACACAUCUCUGUAUUAUUACUGUAGAAUCGAAUAAUUCUGAAAUACACUUUUUCCCUCUUAUGGUGGGAAUAUACUUUCAAGGUA